AAAUUCAUAUCGCAUAUGGAAAAAAAAUGGCAUGGAUGAGUGCGAUUUAAGGAGCGCUUGGCUUGCGUCAAGCUGCGACCUCGAGCGUGCCAUUUCAGUCAACGACAGCGAUUUCAGCUGUGCUAUUAUCUCCGGCAAUCAUAUGACUCCUCCGCACGUGACUUUAUUUACAGUAGACUUACACUCCCGCGAACAUGUAUGGUGCAGUUCCGCGUGACAUGAUAGACCGCGGGGACACGAGUCUGAUGAGCGAUGCGGGCUAACUAUAGACGGCGGGCCGUGGCUUUAUGAUGCCGUUGCUCGAUAAGCUGCUGCCUCUGAAGAAGAGUAAUCUACGCGAAAGUGUCGAAAGCCUAGUGUCCAGUGCGCGAACAGCUGACAAUGAUAGGGAUUCUGUGUUGCUUCUUGGAGCGGAUCAAGUGCGGAUUUUGCUAUUUAGAGAAUGCGAAUGGCGCGGUAGGAAACUUCUCUUUGAUUCAAUGACGGUACAGAAGCACCGAAGUAAAAGCGAAACCUUGUGCGCAGCGGUAAACAACAAUGAGGGAAAGUGCGAGACGUCCCUUAACAUAGAAACCACUCGCGAUUUCGAGCGAGAUAAGAUAGUCGAAGAUGAUGUGAACUUAUUAAGCGAAAUGGUAUUCGGUACUGUAGCGAUGACGUACAGAGGAUCAUCGUUUAAGGUUCAUUCGAUGGAUUCUCCGCCAUGCAUUAUGUGCACAAAAAUUUUUCCGGCAACGGAACAUAACAUUUGCAAGACAAAUGAAAGAAUUUCGGAUGAAGGACUAGGACGAUCAAUGCAUGUAGAUUCUGCUUCCAGUAACAGUAGUAUGCGAUCCUUUUACUCUCGGCCGAGCUCCGGCAACUUAUCUGGUAAUGAAUUGCACGCGGGCCCGCGGAAGAAUUCGACUUGCUCGAGUAUCGGAAGCGGUUGGGAUAUAGACGUAACACCGCGGACGGGUAGUUCGCAAUCGUUGGAGAGUAACAGCUCGUCCGGCAUCGGCAGUCUCACUAGCUUGCGCAGAAGAUGGUUGAGAGCGGUCUCGACUUCCCUCGGACGAUCGGAUUCUGACGAUGCUUUCGGGAUGCAGCACUGGAGCGAAAAUGGGAACGACGGACGUGACGGACACGGGAAACGUCACAAGACCAGACUAGGUUUAACGAUGCUGGUGCGAUUGGCUGAGGGCCACGAAAGCCGGAUAAAGGCGCGUCUUUUGGAACAUAUGGCUCUCUUAGAAGGAAUGCUGGAUCGUUUAAGAUAUUUUUGUAUUGAGACCAGCAAAAUCAACGGUUCACCCUGCAAGAUACAGCUGGCUGAUAGAAUUUGCAGAGCAACGUCUCGAUUUGUCAUUUCGCUAUUACAUAUACUUCUCAAUGUCAGUGUCGACAUUAAUACCCGUACACCUUUGCUGUGGCAUGACGUUUUACUCAAUUCUGUGACAGUAUAUGAUAACACGAAUAUCUUACAUCGCAGUUUACAACAGAUGUGCCAGUUAUUUGACGAGCUCGAUACAAAAUCGACAAAUUUUUUCCUGAGUACCGUAGUAACCGCUGUAUUAACGUAUCAUCUCGGUUGGAUAUAUACCGUACUAUCUCCACGUGAUCGGCAAACGAUCGAAAAAUUGGGCAGCUGGUACUCUUGCAAUCCGCUUUGGGCACAACUUGGCGAUCUUUACGGCGCGUUAGGCAAUCCCGUGAAAGUGGCACAUACCGUAGUCGCGGGCGAUCCUCGAAAGAGCGAUCUGAUUAAUUCCGUCUUGUCGUUUUUGUCUUAUUUUAUUCGUUGCGGGAUGAUACAGAAACGUCGGGAAUACCGUUGUUCGUCGCAGCAAGACGUGCAAACGGCGACGAAUCUUUUGGAGCAGGCGUAUAGCAAACGACCGCAUCUAUUCGCUAACAAAAGGCCGACACUCAACGAUCGAGAUGCCGCGAUUCGUAAAUGCCAGUCGCGCGUUUUGCCAUCGCGUAAACCGACACGCUCGUCCGAUAUCAUCGGUACCAAUGAUAUUAACACGCCUCGAGACGGCAACGUGCAGUAUCCCGUGGAACGACCGAGAAUUUCUCGAUCUGUCAGUCCCUUGAAGCGCAGCGGCACCAUAAAAUCCGGCCUCGACACGCUCAUGACGAAGUCAACCGAGGCGUCAAUAGACUCGAAGCUCCCGACAAAGGAAUUUUCGUCACGCGAAAAUGACAAGACCGAGACAUGCGAGGAAAACGCUCGAUCGAUUAAGGAUAACGACAAAAAUUAUGCAUCGAGUAAGGUAAAAAUAAUCGUUAGCGAGAUCGAAUCUCAGGAGGAUAUUACGAAAAGAGAAUGUCAACCGCAAAAUUAUCCAGAGUAUCCGCUACUCGAAAAGAAGUUCGAUGCGCGCGAUCUCGAAGAGAAUCUCGCGGCCGGAAAGGCUGAACAGCAUCCGUUCGAUAACAAUGUGGAUCCGCUAAAAAUGUUUUAUAACAGACCCGAGUUACCGCUUAAUAUGGAUCGUGGUUUUGUCGACGAGUUCAAGGAAUCGCAGGUCUUUUUCACUCUCGGAGGGGAAAACAAAUCCGCAAAGUUACCGUCGAGACCGCGGCUCGAUAACAUCUGUCAAUGUUCUUACACUUUUACGAAAGGGGUGCCGAGCACAUCCGCGCAACUUCCGGAAGGCGUGCUGAGAAAGAUUAUUCAGCGAAACUUUCCCGAAUCAUCGAAGAGCAUACAGCCUCCACCGGGCACAUCCGAUAUGGGCGCGAGAUCCAUUGGCUUCUGUUUAAAGUGCAACGGUCAGGGAUACGCUGCCUCGCAGGAUUACGACGGUAGCAAGCAAGUGUUGGAAACACCGACAAACGCGACGGAAGUAUUGCGCACGUGCGGAAGUUCCGAAGGUGGUAGAAGCAUAAAAUUAUCGCGGUCAAACAGUCUUGAGGCUUUAAUGGAAGCCAAUAGCGUUGUCGAGCUACCGAUGCCACAGUCAAGGAAGAUUUCAUCAAGUAAAGAUAUAGUCAGAGAAAUGGAUUUUACGAAGACUCUCGUGCAAAAUAAAAUUACUCAUGAUGAGACUAACACCUUAGAUACAGGCUACACGUGGGGCUUAGUGCUACAGGGUGUGACCAAGAGGAAGAAGAGGAGAAAAAGAAAAAAGAUUUCGGAGAAGGAAGACGUCGAGGUUGAACCUGAGGAAAAGUGGUGGUCGCGUAUGCGGGAAGAAGUUAUGGCCAGCGUUCGAUUUCCCACAAUCGAUCAACCGGUCGCGGAGGCAUUCUGCGUGCUGGCCGACCUGGACACGUGGCACGUCGGGAUCUUAUCGAACAAUACGCCCUGUCAAAGUCCGCCUUUGCCGGUCGGGAUGUCGCGUUUAGUGUCGAACAUGCUGGAAUCCUUCGCCUAUGUAUGGCGAAAUUAUCAUUCUCCUACCCAUUGUAUAGCAAUUCUGGAGGCUAAACUGAGAGAAUUAUGGUUGAGAAGCGAAGCAUUGGCAGAGAUGAUGAUGUCCGUGGAAGUGUGCGAUGCCAAUGUUAACAACUUAACCAGUGCUCUUGAUCUCGAUGCAGCCGACAUACCACUUCUACUUGCAGUCGCGACCACUCAUUCUCCGGAAAUAACGCAACGAUUUGGUUUUACGCUAACUUAAAUCCAUUCAAUUGUUUAUACUGGUGUUCUGUGACUUACGUGGUAUUUUAUAGAUAGAUAUUUUUUUUUAAUAUAGAUAAUUAUCAAUUAAUUAUCAAUGAACGUUUUGAUAUAUUUUUGGCCAAGAGAAACUAACUUUAUAUUUUUUGUCGAGUACACAAUAAUAACGUAAUUUUACGAUUAAAUAUAUAGUAAUAUUUAAAUUUUAAUUUUAAAUUAUAAAUAAAGCUAAGAGAAUAUUAAAUUUUAUUCGUGCCUUUAGCUAUUAUUCGUUUCAGCGUCUUAUUGUGAAUAGAUCUCGUCUAAUAUGAAAUCGGCGACUGAUUCUAACUAAUGGAAUGUGUGUAUGUGUGUGUAUACUGUUCGUAUUUUGUUUUUUUUUACACGAUUCAUGCAAACUUGUAGUUGUAUACUUGAUUAAUAAAAUUCAAAUGAACUUUUUUA